AUGAGUGAUUCACGAUGCUCAGACCUCAAAGUGAUCAAAACAAUUAGGGACGCGUUCGCUCCCGCGCCAAGAAUCUACUACAUGAUAUCCGAGUCAAUUUUCUUCGUGGUACUUUUCAAAAGUUUAAUGCAAGUCAAAAGUUCACGAAAACAUUUGGAAAUCAUUCGAUAUCGUCGUAUUCAAACUGUGCUUUUCUCAAUCGACCUUUGUCUGAUAAUUGGCAUGAUCAUUUAUCGAAUAUUGAAUAUUUUCAAGUUAGUGCCAACAUAUGAUUAUUAUUAUUAUGUAGAUGCAUUUUGCACAGCUUUCACCGUCUACAACAUGACUCAAUUUGGUUUGAUGCUUCCUCGACUUUUCAAAGUUACACAACAAAAUGAACAUAUUUUGACGGGAUCGUAUUUGAAAAAAAGACUUUUCCCGUUGUUUAGUAUUGUGACACAACAUUCUUCUCUUACUAUUACGCAAAAGCUAAUAAAUUCACCAAAUGUGCCAUCGAUUCCCAGUACACCCGAUCGAUUACUUACUCGUCAAAGAAAAUACUCUCUUGAGGAUGACAAUCAGCUUUCUAAGUUGAACCCAGUUUCGCUGAAAGUAGAGUAUCCGUCCGCUAAUCAUUUGACUGAAAUAAAUGAAGAAAUCGUUGAUUCUCCUGUUGCCCUCGUUUCCUCUAAAGAAUCUAUUAAAUAA